UUUUUCAGAUUAAGAAACUAAGUCCCGGAGAUAGCAAGUGACUUGUCUAUGAUGGCACAGGCAGCAAGGGGGCAGAACUAGAAUGUGAAUUUAUGUCUUCUGACUAAUCAAUUAACCAUUUGUUAUUUUCUUCUGGGUAUUAUUCAUUGAAGACAGAUUUGAAGAUGAAUUCUGGAUAACCACAGAACCUUCUGAUGGAGCCCGAUUUUCAGGCUACGUAGGUGACUUCUAGUUUUAUUUAGGCCAUCUGAAUCUAGUGUUGUAUCAGAAAACAAAGAAACAAACAAACAAAAACUAUGAAGCUACUUCAGAAACUAAGAAAGUACUUGGAAGUGCAGAUAGCCACAUAAUCAUAAAACCAGAAUCUUGAGUGAGCAUCUUGAUAUUGGUGUUACCACAUUAUGGCCAAAUGGUAAUAAAUUCAGAGUGAAUUCAUAAAGAUUUACUAUUUGCAGGAAACUAACUUUUAAAAAUAGACUAUUAUUGAUUUUUUUAAGAUUUAAAAUCACUAAAUUUCCCUUUAUAUUCCUUCCCCUCUCUACUCACAGAGAAUUAUGUCUACUAAUAAAGAAUUUAUUAGAAAAAAAUAGAGGAAGAAGAAAAAAAGAUUAUAACAAAAUUGAUUAAUACACUAAAAAGGGAAAUAGCUUUUAACUCCAAAUUAGAAAUUUCUUUAGCAUAUUCUUCAAACCAUCAUAAACUCAUAGGAGUUAUACUCGGAGAUUGUCUCUUCCAACUUCUAACUUUAUGAAGAUGAAGAUGUACAUACAAAUUGUAGAACCAUAGAUCCAGAGCUGGAAGAGACCUGAGAGGCUACCAGAUCCAGCUUUUUCAUUUUAUAGAUGAGGAAACUGAGGCACCAAGAGGUUUGACUUGCCCAGGGUCACAUAGCUAGUAAGGAUCUGUGUUGAAAUAGUAAUCCGGUCUUUCUGACUGCAUGUCCAGUGCUAUUAUGCUGUAUUGCCUCUCAUAAUCUAAGAGUGGAAGAACUACUACCCACCUCUCAGGGUAGUGGUGAGGAAAUUGCUUUGUAAAUUUGAAAGUGCUAGAAUAAUUGAUGAGCAUUUUUUUUUUUUACUAACGAUUUCACCCAGUUCACCUGCCUCAUGUUGCCCAAAAAAGGGAAAAUGGUUUGUUUGAUAACACAAAUAUAACAAAAUCCCGAGCCAUGAUUUGAACCCACAUGUCAAGACUUAAGUCCUGCAUCCUUUUUUCUACAUUAUGCUGGUGGAGCCAUGGUCUUUUCCCUUUGAUUUCUAGCCCCUACCCCACAGGAGGGUGAAUCAGGCUACUGGGUCUGGGACCCCAGAAAGGUUUGUGAAAGUGGGAAACUAGUGGAAGGCUAGAGCUCCUCUAAAAUGCCCCUCGAGAACCAAUCAACCGAAGACUCUGCAUGGACCCCUCCCAGCAAAGCCCCGAACUCAACUGAAAUAUCCGGGGCAUGGGAUGCACGAACGCUCCAAGCACUCAAGAUCUCCCUGGCUGUGAUUUUGGCCAUCAUAACUCUAGCAACCAUUCUCUCCAACACUUUUGUGAUCAUCACGAUAUUCCUUACUAGGAAGCUCCACACGCCCGCCAAUUAUCUCAUCGGCUCCCUGGCGGUGACAGACCUCUUGGUGUCCAUUUUGGUAAUGCCCAUCAGCAUCGCUUACACCGUCACCCAGACCUGGACCUUUGGGCAGAUCAUGUGCGAUAUCUGGCUCUCCUCAGACAUCACCUGCUGCACCGCUUCCAUCCUCCACCUCUGUGUCAUCGCAUUGGACCGAUAUUGGGCCAUCACCAACGCCCUGGAAUAUAGCAAGCGUCGGACCUUUGGCCGGGCAGCGGCCAUGAUCGCCAUGGUCUGGAUCAUCUCUGUGUGUAUCUCCAUGCCUCCGCUUUUCUGGAGGCAGGCCAAAGCUCACGGAGAGCUGGCUGACUGCCUGGUGAAUACCUCCCAGAUUUCCUACACCAUCUACUCCACCUGUGGUGCCUUUUACAUCCCAUCUGUGCUGCUCAUCAUUCUCUAUGGCCGGAUCUAUGCUGCUGCUCGGACUCGGAUCCUGAAGCCACCUUCCCUGUAUGGCAAGCACUUCACCACCGCUCAUCUCAUCACUGGUUCUGCGGGCACCUCCUUGUGUUCCAUCAACUCCAGCCUUCAAGAGGGGCAGCCCCACACGGGGGACUCACCGCUUUUUAUGGGUCCUGUGAAAAUCAAGCUAGCCAGCAGCCUCCUGGAAAGGAAGAGGAUCUCAGCAGCCAGAGAAAGGAAGGCUACCAAGACACUGGGGAUUAUCCUGGGGGCUUUCAUCAUCUGCUGGCUGCCCUUCUUUGUCGUGUCUCUGGUCCUACCCAUCUGCCGAGACUCCUGCUGGUUCCACCCAGCCCUCUUUGAUUUUUUCACAUGGUUAGGCUAUUUAAAUUCUCUCAUUAACCCAAUAAUUUACACUUGGUUUAAUGAAGAAUUCAAACAAGCAUUCCAAAAACUAAUACGGUUCAAAAGAGGGUCUUAGUUUUAAUCUUUUUCUGCUUGCUGAUGAAUCCUGCUAUCAUAUGGUCAUUAAAAUCCAGACCGGAUAAAUUUCUUACAGUUUGUAAAUUAAAUCAUCAGUCAGCAAUUCAAAUGCCAGAUGUUUUCCCUGUUACUCCUCAAUGGUCAUGAGUUACUUCCUCCAUCUUAGACCUUGAAUAGUAUUAUAUUUUGUCCCUCUCUACUCAUGGUAUAUUUGGUUUGUAUAUAUUUUUUGGAUUUAUAUACCUAUGUCGAUUUCCUCCCAAUAGAUGUAAGCUCCUUGAGGGUAGGAACUGUUCUUGAUUUUGUCUUUUGUAUCUCUGGCACUGAGCGAAUUCUUGCAGUAUUGAAUUCAAUGUAACAUUGUAUACUAUCGAUGUGUUUUUGUUUUCUCCCUCUAUUAGACUGAGCUCCAUGAAUACAGGAGCCAUGUCUUCUUUAAACUUUGUAUCUCCCUUGAGUGUACAGUGCAGUGUUCUAUACAUAGUAGCUAUUUAAUAAGUCUUUAUGGAAUUGAACUAAUAUUUGCAAAAUCCCUAGCUCUAAUAGGCACUGCUGAGGAUGCAAAGAUAAGACAUAGUCCUUAUUCAUAAGGUCUUACAAUGUAAAAGGAGAUAAAACUUGUAUACAGUUAAAUAGGAAUUGUUGUUGUUUGUCCUUGAAGAGAACCCUGACAUCAGGGAGGUGAU